CAACGACCUGCUCGUGGGUACCCCAUUGUGCGUGCCAUGGACGCACUGCGCAGAGGGUUCUUCAUGGGCCUCUUUUCUGAGACAGCCCCGGAGCCUCCUACUGUGGAAGUGAACUGCUCCUGUGCUCCUGCGGUUCCAUCAACGCCGCCUGCGCUGGAGGAUUCCAAUGAAAUUGGAGUUUCAGCGUAUCUUUUCCUGGGAGUUUGGAUGGUGGUUCUGUACUACAUCAGUCACACCAUCUGGCUUGAGCGACAUCGCUUUCUGCAGACGCAGGCCGCUCAUCAAGCAGGCUUUGCGACGUAUUUAACGUACCGAUUUGGACACUGGUAUGCCUGGACGCAAGCGGCAUCUGUGAAAGUGCUACUGGUCUUGUCUGCCACUCUCCUCGUCGUUGGCGGACUUGGGCAUUCGGUCCUGUCGCAAUCCUCCAUCCAGGAAUCGCUGUGGCGCUCCUGGAUUUGGAUCGCCGACCCGGACGGCGGCGAAUCGGCGCUGCCCGGGGGCCACGCGGUGGGCGUGGUGGUCUCCAUCGGUGGCAUGUUGAUCUUCGCGCUUCUCCUGUCGUUGAUCACAAGCGCCUUCGAAGAUUUCCUGUGGCAAAUUCGCCAUGGCUCCCUACCGGUGGUGGAAGGUGACCACAUUGUGAUCCUGGGCUACGAUCGCUCGGCCAUUUGGAUGAUCGAGGAGUUGUGUACCGCCAUGGAAACCUCCGGCGGUGGGCUCAUCGCCAUCUUAGCCUCAGAGGGAAAGGCUGAAGUGGAGAAUUGGAUCCAACAUGCUGACAUCAAUCUGCGCAACUCUUCGGUCGUGGUGCGAACUGGACAGGCCUACAAUGAGGAGGACUUAACGAAAGUGGCCGUGCAAACUGCGCGCCGAAUUGUGCUCCUGGCCAACAAGAAAGUUUCCCGGGAGGAAGCCGAUGCCCAAAGCCUCAACGCGCUGCUGACCUUACAAGGCCUCGACUAUACGCCUUCGAAGGAAAGGUGUACAAUCGUGGAGUGCUGUUUGGUUCGAAAUCAGAACCUUUUCCGAAGUCUUGCUUCAGGACCUAUGCAGGUGCUGGCAACCCAGGACUUCCUGGGUCAACUGCUGGUUGAGGCGAGCCGACAACGUGGGCUGUCCCAGGUCAUAAGUCAGACCCUGGGCUUUGAUGGCAUGGAGUUUUACAUUGCAGAGGUCAGUGGCAUAGAGGGAUGGAAAUUUGGAGAUUUGCUCUUUGCCCUUGGUUCCUCCAUUCCCAUCGGCUACAUGAACGGUGCACAGGCCGUCCUAGUGCCCUCCAUGGAGUACAUCUUCACGGGUCACGAGCGCUUGAUUUGCCUUUCCGAGGACGCGUCCACGUUGGUGAAAAGCAUCACACCAGGGAUGCGAGAGAAGGCGAUGAAAGCAAAACAUGUCAGAUGGUCUGCAGCCAAAAGUCUACCAGGUUCCGUUAAAGAACAGGUGGCACACGAGAGCAUCACCGUGAUCAUCGGAUGGAACGAGGGCAUUGGCUCCAUCGUGCACGAAGUGGACCAGGCUGUAGGACCCAACUCCACCGUGAUGAUCUACUCUCCUCAGGAUGAAGAUGUCAGGGAGGAGUAUCUGGAUAAGUGCCAGGUACGACUCAAUUAUAAGUACCAAAACGUGACAGUGGAACAUGAACAAGGAGCCCUGGGCGCCAGAUACAGGUUGGAAGCGUUGCCCUUGGAAAAGGCUCAGAAAAUCUUUAUCCUCGCCGAGAAGAUGGUCGAAUGUGAAGAUGAGAAAGAUCGCCUCACAGUUGCAACGCUGUUGCAAGUGCGCGACAUUUUGAGAGUUCGUGGCACCUGCAAACCCGACUUAGUCAUCCUGCCACAGGUCCUGGGCAAACGUGCUGAGAAGAAUUGCUGGAAGAGUGGCUUGAUCGAUUACAUCAAUUCCAACCGACUCGCUUGUCAAGUGCUUGCUCAGGUUUGCCAGAGCCCUUCGAUUUGUAGCUUAUUUGCGGAGCUUCUAUUGGGCAACACUGCUCGGA